ACGGUUAAGGACGGACGGGGAGGAGAAAAUGGCGAACGUGAAGUUUAGGUAUCGCGAAUAAGUUGUUAUGGAUCCUUAAUAAUACUUAAAUAAGUCCGGGCGUCCUUCUUUUCUUGUGUAGGUGCCACGUUAUUUUAAACAACCCGUGUCACACUAGCUGAAGCUAACUAGUAAUUACGCUAACUUGAGUCUUGGUAGCAACGGCAGCUCGCUGAAGAUGGCUAACUGAUGUUGGCAGCUGUAAAUGGCGUCCCCGGGUCCACAUACAAUGAACAACCGGUUGGACCAAAUUUUUUAAUCUAGUGACAGCGGAGUUUAAUACAUUUGAUCGAGGCUGAGCUGUUGCGAUGGCGUAUCGUUGAGUCAAUGGCUCUGGAGCCAGUCGCUGUCUUCGGGGACGCUGCAUUUAACGGUAUGGCUUUACACAACUUGGUUUUUGUUAUCGAUGUGGAUUAUGGAGAUCGUGAAUCCGGCGACCAGCUGGACGCCAGGAACCAUUUAGUGAAACGAGGAAUAUUACAAAUUCUGCUGCAUUUCGGUUACAAACACGGAUUUGAGAAAGUGCGCUGGGGAUAUAAAUUCUUUCAGUCUAAGACUGGCCGUAAGAGUGGCCGCCUCAUAUCGAGGGGAUCAGACUUCAAGGAGCUUCGGCACAAAACUUUUGAAGACUUUGAACUAGAGUUUGAAGCCAGGUUUGACGUGAAGGAUAAACCAUGUCAGCAGAAGCAGCAAACCAGUCAGUCUGCUUCAGUUCAAAACGCCCUCAAAGAAACCCUGCUGGACUUCCAGUGGGACAGACCAGACAUCACCUCUCCCACUAAACUGUCCCUGAGGCCCAGGAAGUCGAGCCGUGCUGGAAAGCCUGGCGUUUCACAGGAGGAUGAUAUUUCAAGCAACGGGAAGAAUGUGGUGUUUAUUGUCUCGGAGUGUCCGCGGUCCACGACACAACUUGCUGACUAUCUUUCUUUGGGAAACCAUGAGCCGCCCGCAGAUGUGGCCGAGCACAUUUUAUCCCGGGGCCUUCACGACAUGCUGGUUCAUCGACAGGUUGUGCUGCACUGGAUUGACAGUAGAUCACAUGUCCAGGUGUUGAGGUGUGAGGACUACCUCGGCUCUGUCAAGCUGUCUGACGUCCUGGCUCAGGUGGGUGGCAGAGUGAUCCCUGUGGUGGCACUGCUGAACCUCUGCAAUCAGGAGCCAGACUCAGGCCUCAGGCCAGAGGCCUUCGCCUUCAAGUCCAGCAUUGGAUACCUGCUGUCCUCUGAAAGGCUCUACCGCCUGGCUUUUCCUUUCAUAGCGGGUAUUCUGCGGUGGGAGCAAGGUGAUGUGACACAAAGUUGUGACAUCAUGGUUGAGCCGGUGUCUCGCAGACAGAGGCUUCUCCCGGAACUGGUGGAAGUGUGUCUGAAAGGAGUGCUGCAGGGCUGGGAUGCCUCAUCACUGACACAAGCCCCCACUGAUUCAUGGGUGCUUCAGAGCUCCAGCAGAAGUGACCAGGGAGCUUCUCCCCUCCAGCAUCUCCUCAUGGGACUGUCUGCUCAUGCUCUGCACAUGCUUGCUGAGGUGAAUGACAGCGGCCUGGUGUGCUCGGCUGUCCUCUCCCCCUUGUCACACUCUACAGCUCUGCUCACCAUUCUCCAGCCCGGAAUUACUCGACACGACCCGCUCCUUACCACCAAAACCAUCGCCCUUGCCACAUCGGAUACCUCAGCUGACCUGCCAGAUGUUGUGAGCAGUGUUCUUGGAGUAGUGUAUGACAUCAUGGAGGAGGAGGAUGACAGUGGAGAUGACAAGGUAAAGGAUCAUCCGGUUCCUGAGUGGGCUCAGCAGGAAGUCAGCCAUUGCCCACUGUCAAUGGGCGUGUUGGAGACUUGGUUUCCUCAGUCAGACCAGUCAGGAGUGAGCUCUCAUUUGAUGGAGUCAAUGAGAUUGCUGCAUGCAGUGCCAGAGCAGAAGGAGGAGGAGGAGUUGUCUGUCCUACAGCAGGAGCUGAUCAGUGGUCUAGCUGAACUGUACCAGACGUCCCAGGCCACAGACAACAAGAGGGGCAAAAAACGUGGUGCCCAGCGCACACCAGUGAAACAGAAGAUGAAGACCAUGAGCCGCUCCCUGCAGAUGCUGAAUGUGGCACGGCUGAAUGUGAAAGCCCAGAAAAACCAGGCUGAAGCUGAGCAGCUGGGGGCCGAGGGCAGAGGGCCAGACAGACCGGGGAAAAGACGGUCGAGUGACAGGAACAAAUCUGGAGGAGCAAACACAAUCAGUUUCACUAGUGAGGCAGAGCUCUUGUCCCAUCUGAAGUCCAGUUACGAGAAGACUCUGGCAGACAGACACACGUCCCUCCUGCCUUGUGUCCAUCAGCUCCUGUCUGCUGUGAAAACCUUCCUCGUGGCAGAAUUGGAUCUAGAGGUGAAGACUUGCCUGUUUGUCCAGCAGCACCUCCUCAAGACCAGCAAAUCAAUCAGGCAGCUCUAUGGCACGGCUGCUGACAUUGAUGGCAAAGUCAGAGAGUGUCAGCUUCAGGUGGUAUUGAGGCUGGAGUUGUGCAGACUUUUCUCCUCAGAGCAGUCAGACACACUGGAUGCUGAUCAGAUGGCAGAGGAGGCGGCUGAAAUGCUCAGGAUAAUCUCUCUAACAAAAGAUCCAGUUUGCCUGACAAGGUUCCUUCAAGACGAGGUUCUCCCAGGGUUCCUGACCACUGUCCCCAGGGUGCUUGCAGACAUCUACAACAGUCUUGGCACCCAGCUCCCUGAGGCUUUGGUGGCUGUUCUGCCUGCUGACUUCUUCAGUGACGAGUCAGUUGCCAAGGACAGCGUUUCUCCUUCAGCCUCCUCAUCUCCCUUCUCCACACACAGUCUGGUUUCGGAUGGCAAAGAUCGCUUGCAGGACCUGCGAAAUCGCUCAGCCAGCAAAAGGAGGAGUGGGAUGCUGACUCGUCAUCGCAGUAUGACCGAAUCAUCACUGAGUCUUCGCCAAAUAGAGAUACCCAAAAAGGCCACAAGAGCUUCCAAGUCAAAGGUGCAUGUUGCUUUGGAGAAACCUGUUGCAGAACCACAACCUCAGAAACAAGAAACACAAGAGGUGACCAAGGUGAGAAGAAACCUGUUCAACCAAGAGAUUGUUUCCCCCUCAAAGAAAUCCAAGAUGCCGAGGAGCCAGUCUGUGUCGGCUGUGGAAGGACUGAAACGCAAGCGAUCUCACGAGUCUGAAGAGAGACACAAACUUCUAACAAAGAAAGUGUGUGAAACACCCCUCCACAAGCAAGUGUCUAGUCGCCUCCUAUACCGGCAGAAAAUAGGACGGAGAUCUGUCCCAACUGAGGAGUGCAUUGUGGAAGAGUCACCAGUAAAACCUGCAGAAGACCUAAGAAGGAGCCCCAGGAUUAAGAAGUUUGCUAGAAGAUACUCAAGCACCUUCUACUCAAGUUCUCAGCCUCGCUCCCGCAACCUGGACAGGGCUUUAUCUGCGUCCCAGCUUACUCUCAGUGAUGGCAAAAUUAGUGGUGUGAAUGUAAAAACAGUUCGGUCUCCCAUGCGUCUUCUUUUUGGGGCUGCUGAUUCCCCCAAUCGUCCAUCUGACCAGCCUGGUGCAACCAGAGCCACCAGAUCACGGCUGUCCACAGACUCCAAUGUCUUUGAGAGCCCAAAUAAAACGCCAACAAAGUCACCCAGCAAACAUGGGAGAGCCAUGAGAGGGAACAGCACUCCCGAGACACCCAGGAGCCCUCGAACCCAACGAACCCCCAAAACUCCACCUUCAUCCAGGAUGCGUGUUUUCUCUGUUGCAGAGAGCCCUGCAGCUGGCAGUUGUCAUGAGCUUGGUAUGGCUCUGAGGGGCAGUCCUUUCAGAUCGCCAGCCAGAAGGACUCUUGUUGUAGAGACACCUACUAAGCAAAGCCCUAUGAGGAGCCCGCUGAAGGGUAUUCUCAGGACUCCAGUCAAGGCCUUGGUUGAAUGCAGUUCCUCUUCUAGAUUACAUCUGCUCAGUAGCCCAAUUUCCAAGACUCCCAGGAAGAGCGUCACAUGGUCUCCAUCUCCACGAAAAUUUAGAGUGGUGGAGAACAGUGCCGCUUUCAAGGUACCAGAGUCGCCUUCUAUUGCAUCCCGCAGUUCUCCGAGACUAGUGAAAACACCCAACAAGUUCAGCAGUCCUGUCAAAAGCACAAACACUAAAAGAGACAUUUUCAAGACCCCAGAAAAGACUUGUCAAGUAAGUCUAGUAAGGGUUUCUGAAUAUGCAAGUAGUGUUAUUUUGACACAGGAAAAAAAUCAAAGGUUCUCUGAAAAACUUUACAACAGGAUGAAAACACCUGAAAAAACUGACAAUGUUAGUUUACAGGAAAUGCGUCCUCCACAAUCCACACCACCUCUGGACCACGACCUCUCCCCUAAACCCAAUACUAGAACUCAAACAAAGACCCCUAGUCCUACUCAUCAAAUGAUAACUCGCUCUGGACGAACUCCAGGAAAAAGUUCAAACUUCACAUCCCCAUGUAAGCCAGCAUUUACACCAGUAGGAGGUAGUACUGUUUCAGAGGUUUCAGAUAAUUCAGCAACGUCUCCAGCAAAGUCCCUGACAAGAACGAGGUCUGGUCAAGGUACAAGAACCAUCAGACAUGACAUAAGAUCCCAGUCUAGUGAGAAUGUUCCCUCCAAAUUAUGCACAAAGUCUGCCGAGAGCUGUGACCUUUCGGAAAAAAACAUGCAGUCAGAUACAAAAGGAUACGUACAGACUGAACCUUCCCAAUCCUCUGAAACUGACUCUAGUGCCCAUACAGAUUCACAGCACUUUGACUCUUCACAUAUUAACUCAGCUACCACAGACAAUGAUAGUAUGGACAUUGUUGACGCAGAAGUUGUAAAGACCCAGUUUAGUGGCUGUCUCAAGAUGAACAUUAGCUUUUCACGAAAGCCUUCAAAGUCUAGUGAAGACUUGCUGGUGAACACACACUCUCCUAAACCACGUGUGCCAUCCCAAGAUACACCUGGGCGAAGCUAUGGCUUCCGGCAGACCCCUGACCGCCAACAGAGGGAGGCUGCUGCUCGUCUGGGGUACGGAAAUGAAUCCCCUCGAUUUUCAACCCCUAGAGGCCCCGCAAGACCUAGUCGACAAAAGUUCAAAGGUACUCCAAACCCUCUGACUUAUCAAGUAGAGAUGGAAAUGCAAACAUCAGGACUUCCUAAGCUCAAAAUCAAACGCACAGAUUCAAUGAAUGCAGGCGAUUUGGCCUCAGAUGGAGGUCCUCGAUCAGGUGCUCAGAGCCCUUUAGUUGGUGUGAAACCUUCUCAGCUGGAAAGCCCCUUGGCUUUGUUUUCUAAACACAGAGAUCCUGGAUGUGUCUCACCAUCUAUCUGUACUCAUGUCACUCCAGCCAAGAGCACACCUGGAAAAGGUGGAAGUGUCCAAACUUACAUCUGCCAAUCCUACACCCCUACACGCCAUCCUGGGGGAACAGUGUCUCCGGUGGCAACUGCAGAGAUCAUUCCCCUGACUCCUUCACCUCAGAGUGUAGGGAAGGUGACUCCAGACAACCUCAACAGCUGGCCCCGCAGGAAGAGAGCUCAGGCUGGAGUGGUUGGAGGCAAAGAUCGUGGCCUGAGGGGAGAGCCACUGCCUGAGGAGUUGCUGGAGGAAGCUGAGCUCGGAGUUAGCAGAUUACAGGACAUUGAGGACAUUGAUGAGCCUCCAAACAACAAAGCUGCAGUAUUAGCCUUGACUUCCAAACAGUCACAUCCAGUCGCAGCAGAUGCAUCUCCUCUGUCUCCUAUGGAAGACUUGUACUGGAUGGAGAAGCUGACUCAGCAGGCUGACUGCGCUGAACCUCAGAGAGCUGAAGAAGGAAUCAUCUGGGCUGAUGUCAAGUCAAUAGCGACUCCUCCUAACUCAAAGGUGACGAAGCCAGUGACAGCGAGUGGGAUUUUGGCCCUAACCCGCUCUCCACUGUUGUUCAAGGGCAAAACAGGCUCUGCUAGUAAGAGAACACCAAAUUUUAAAGAUGAGGCAGCAUCAGGGAGGACAAGAGAAGUCGAUGGAGUGGAGGUCUCGCCCUUCAGCCAGCCAGUCAGACGCUCAAACACAGGGAAGACCUACAGCAGGAAGAGACUGCUUCACUGAACCACAAAACCAUCUGGCGAGCAAAGCCAAGAUUGUCCAUUCUGUCUCACUGUGGAGUUGUGGAUCUUUCUUAGACAUAUUUUGUCAGGAGUGCUUUUGAUGGCAGAUGUGAAAGAUGCCUUUCAAGCACCACUUGAAAGGCUUUGUACAUGAAUGAACUACCCUUUCAGUCCCCUCCUCCAACACAUUUGACACUGAUUUUUUUUUUUUCUGUUCAAAGCAGUGGCUUUUUUAUAAAUCAGUCUUUGUAAGAUUUAAGAUUAGAAGUAAGUUUAACAAAGAGUUGAAAAGCUAUGCAGUUCUGCCAAGGUGUUUAAAAUUGCCCUUACGGUUCGUAUUCAUGAUUUUAUCAUUCCAAGUAUUCCAUGUUUCCUGCAUGGGUCUCUCUGAAGCUAAAACUCUGGAAAAUGGCGAUAUUGUAAGUCGUCAUUGCUUUUCAAAACUUUAAUCAGCCAUUUUACAAUCAAGUCAGAGCCUAAAUUUGUUGAAAGUAAUAUUAUUCAUGUCUAUUUAUUAGUUGUUUGUUCUUGUCAUAAAAUUGCUUUUAAGUAAAAGGGAAGCCCUCAUGAUUGAUUCAUGUUGUAAAUAUGUUAUAUAUUGCCAAAGUCUUGUGUAAAUAAAUAUCCAUUUUCCUAA